CACAGCAAAUUUUGAGCACUGCUCGGCAGACCAGUCAUUUCUUGCAGUGCUUCUUUGCAAGAAACGGGUGUUGUGAAAGGAAAGAGUUACCUCUGUGCUCACAGGGCGUGCAAGAAGUACUGCAGACGCCUUCAGAGACACUGAAGGAGGAUUCAGGGUGUGAGGAUUGCGGUAAAAGCCUUAUAGGAGAAUGCAAACUUCAUGGACCACUCAUCAGGGCUAAAGACAGGGUUAUUCCUAGCCGAGCCCGUCUCACCCUACCUCACUACCUUACUCUGCGAGUGUUGGAGCUGCGAGCUGGAAACCAGCAGAUCCUUGGAGUAUUUGCAAAGAAAGUAAUACAGAAGAGAACACAGUUUGGUCCUUACGUUGGUCAGCUGUCUACAAAAUUGACCUGCUAUGAUGAGAGUAGGCUAGUUCUGCAGGUAUUGAAAGAUGGAGGGAAGUACUUUCUGGACACUCCCAAUGAAGACUGUGGAAACUGGAUGAUGUUUGUCCGGCUAGCCCGGAACCAAGAAGAACAGACCCUUGUGGCUUAUCAGCACUGUGGAGAAGUCUACUUUACAACUGUUAAGCCAAUUGAGCCCCACACAGAAUUGAAAGUAUGGUACGCUGCCGAUUAUGCCAAAUUUAUGGAAACUUCUGCAGUCUUCAUUAAAGAAGAAUCUGAUGUCAGUCCUUUGCCUGUAGUAGCAAAAGAGCCUGUAGACCCUUGGAUAUGCUCCAGCUGUAGAAGUACUUUUGCAACUUUUGCUCUGCUGGAAUCUCACCAGUGCAUCAAUAAAGACCGAGUCCUUACCACCAGGCUCAGACCACCAAAUAAAUUAGGAUCCUUAAAAGCAAAAAACAAAUUCAAAGGGAAACUGAGAGGAUCGGCAUUAGGCAAAAGCAUUGCUCAGUGCUAUGGGACCAUUUCCUGUUCCUCUGCUGCGAAGCUUAGCUGUGCCAGCUCAGGAAACACUUGUGAUGCUCUUGUGAGGUUUAUACCUAAAUGGAGAAAUGGCCGGUCUUCACUGUUGAAGGGAAGAGAAGUGAAGCAGACAGACAGUUACCCUUGCCGACUCUGUGGGAAGAUAUUUGAUUCCAUUGAAAAGCUCACAGUCCACGCUUACGUGCAUAAAGCGGAGCGCCCCUACAAGUGUUCACAGCACGGAUGCACAAAAGCCUUCAUUUCCAAAUAUAAACUGCUCAGGCACUCAGCCACUCAUUCUCCACAAAAAUCUCACCAGUGUGGCUACUGUGAAAAGACAUUUCAUAGGAAAGACCAUCUGAAGAAUCACCUUCAGACUCAUGACCCAAACAAGAUGGCUUUCAAGUGUGAAGAGUGUGGCAAGAAGUACAACACCAAGCUAGGUUAUAAGAGACACUUGGCUCUUCAUUCAGCCACCAGUGGAGACCUUACCUGUAGGGUAUGUGCUCAGGAGUUUGGUGGCACUGAAGUUUUGCUGGAACACCUCAAAAGUCAUGCAGGGAAACCAACUGGCAACACCAAGGAAAAGAAACAUAAGUGUGACCAUUGCGAGCGUCACUUCUAUACCCGUAAAGAUGUGCGGCGUCACAUGGUGGUUCACACAGGUUGCAAAGACUUUCUAUGCCAGUUUUGUGCCCAAAGGUUUGGGCGGAAGGACCACUUGACUCGCCAUACAAGGAAGACUCAUCCACAAGAACUGCUCAAGAGCAGGUUGCAGAAUGGUGACUCGGUAGGUCUCCUUGACCAGCUUUUUCCAUUCAGACUGAAGGAAGAUGCCAGCAUAUUGUCCCCUUUUCCUGAAAGGGUCUCGGUGCAGAAUGGAAUUUUGAAUAAUUCAGAACCAAAGGAAUACAACUGUUCACAUCUUCAUCCCCAGACAAGCGUACAAACUGCUCUUCCUAUUGAACCUUCUCCUCUUUUGCAAAGAAUGGGCUGUGCAGAUAGCCUUGCAGCUGUCCCUCCCACACCAUGCUCAACAGCCAUCCCUGCCAACCUGAACCUUCAUCAGUCUAAUAAAUAUGACCUUACCUCUACCUCAUUUGCAGCAGGCUCCCUCAAGAAUCUUCCUAUCAAAGUGGAUGUUAAAGGUUACAACGUCCAUCUUCUAGAGGACCUGCCACUACCAGAACCUCAAUCUCUCCACAAAAUCAGUCUGGAAGAAACUUCCUCAGGGCCUAUAGGUGAUACUAACAAAUACCCAGUGCACAAGGAGACAGAGACAGCAGCUGAAACUACCAGCAUGCCUUUCAUGGAUCUCACUCAUGUGAUGAGUUUCUGGCAACUCCCACAAGGUGACAACCAGAGCACUACUGGGGAUAUCGCAAUGGCAUUUGGUCCAGAGGAACCAUCACAGAGGCUGAAUGGCCUCAGCCAACAGCAAGGUCUACAGCUAGCAACUGGUGGCAUGGCCAUAAACCAGCUGCAUCAUCUUCCUCGCUCUUUUCCAUCCACUACAAAUUCUGUAACGUUGCCUCAUUUUCAUCAUGCCUUCAAAUAACUAUGCUUUUUUUUUUCUUAAAAAAAAACAAAACAAAAAACUGUGCUUCUUACUUAAAUCUGUUAGGAAGGGUAUUUUUUGUUUUUCUUCUUUUCUGUUUCAAGAAAAACUGUCCCAAUUUUUUUUUUUUUUUUUUUUUUUUAAAGCAUGUUAUGGACAUGGUAGUUCAAUUCAGAAUGUUAAUAAACAAGAAGCUCUAUUUUUCAUACUAUUAUUAAUUUUUAGCAUAUGACAAUAGUAGGACUAACAUACUUCCCUCAGUACCCUUGAUAUUCUUGUUUCUUACCUUUUAAACAAACAGCUUAAUGUCUUCAACAAUAGCAAAGCCUCAUAAUAGGCACAAUGAAACUAUGGCUGCCACAAUAGGAGAAAUAGGGUAAAUGGGAAGAAGGAGGAAAGAACAGAAGAAUAAUUUUAAUGAGCCAUAAAUCACAGGAAAUGUAUACGCAUGGCAAACUUAAGGUGAAUAAUUUAUCAGUGUGAUACAGAUUUCUUCUAAUUAAUUACCAAAUUUUAUGAAUCUUUAAAUCAAAAUGAUUCCAAGAAUAAAUCUUAUCUUCUAGUUCCACUCUUUUAAAACAAAGAAAAUCACUGUUGUGAUUACACCUAAGUAGACUUCUUUAUUUUCUCCUAAAGUGCACUUUGGCUUUGUGCAUCUCCUGCAUUUUUCCCAGGGCUGGAAAUAACUACCACUGCUGCAUGGUUACACCAAAGCAGAUGUCUUGUAUAGAUGUAGUUUUCAGAACGGGAGAUGAAUUUGUCUUAAAGAUUGGAGAUUGCACAGGGGAGCCUCCAGCCAAGGUCUGCCUUCAGUGAGGCUGUGUUAGGUCCCCAUGCAGAAGAGCUUGUGGUGGUUACCUCAGGAUGGGCCUCUUCAAAACAAUGGGUUGUGAACCUGUCUCAAAAUGGCAUAGGAAAUCAGCAGGUAUGAUAAUGGUUAGAUCAUCUUCAUCCUGUGCUUUUUGCUGAGUGGUAUUUUGGUAGUUUCACCCAAAUCAGAAUCACGACUUACAUUUGCUUCCUAUAGUAGACUGCUAUAUGUUUCCAGCUGAUGUAGGUGUUACAGCCCUGUCCCAAGACCAACUAGCAGAAAUUGCAAAAAAAUCACAUCUCCUAGUAGAUAACAUUUAAACAAACAAACAACUUCAGAAUUUACUUGCUGCCUUGCAUAACCCAUUCUUAAAAAAAAAAACAGAACACCAUUUUAGCAUAUGAUGCCAUUACUAGUGGGUUCUGUCACAGCUGAAACAGAUGCAGAGUUUCUGAAUCAGAAUAUGCAAUCUCUUGUACUAAAUUCACUUAGAAUUAAUAGUACCUAAUGAUAAUUACAGAUACACCAUGAAGCAAGCUUGUUCUCUUCUCCCUUGGUAAUCACAGAACUAUUUCCAGGCAACUUCAAAUAAAAAACAAUAUUUGUGAA